AUGGCGGCGUUCUGUGUGUCGCUGCUACUGCUGUGUCUGGUUCUACCGCUGCUACUGCUGGGCGGAUGGAAGCGCUGGCGGCGGGGGCGCGCGGCCCGGCAUGUGGUUGUGGUGGUGCUGGGGGACGUGGGCCGCAGCCCCCGCAUGCAGUACCACGCACUGUCGUUGGCCAAGCGCGGCUUCUCCGUGACCCUCCUGGGGUUCUGCAAUUCCAAACCCCAUGAUGAGCUUUUGCAGAGCGACAGAAUUCAGAUUGUGAGGUUGACUGAACUUCAGAGUCUUGCAGUUGGGCCCCGAGUUCUCCAGUAUGUAGUCAAAGUUGUAUUCCAGGCAGUGCACUUGCUGUGGAAGUUGAUGUGGACAGAGCCAGCAGCGUACAUCUUUCUCCAGAACCCCCCAGGCCUGCCCAGCAUCGCUGUCUGCUGGCUUGUGGGCUGCCUUUGUGGGAGCAAACUCGUCAUCGACUGGCACAACUACGGCUACUCCAUUAUGGGGCUGGUGCAUAGCCCCAGCCACCCCCUUGUUCUGCUGGCCAAGUGGUACGAGAAGCUCUUUGGGCGCCUGUCCCACCUGAACUUGUGUGUGACCAAUGCCAUGCGGGAAGACCUGGCAGAAAACUGGCACAUCAGAGCGGUGACCGUGUACGACAAGCCGGCGUCUUUCUUUAAAGAGAUGCCUCUGGACCUGCAGCAUCAGCUCUUCAUGAAGCUGGGCCGCACCCUCUCUCCAUUCAGGGCCUGCUCAGAACCUGUAGACCCGGCCACGGAGAGGACGGCCUUCACGGAACGGGAUGCCCAGAGUGGGAUGGUGACACGUCUCCAUGGGCGGCCGGCCCUGCUGGUCAGCAGCACAAGCUGGACAGAGGACGAGGACUUCUCCCUUCUGCUGGCAGCACUGGAAAAGUUUGAGCAACUGACUCUUGAUGGAGACAACCUUCCUUCUCUAGUCUGUGUGAUAACAGGCAAAGGACCUCUGAAGGAGCAUUACAGUCACCUCCUUGGCCACAAGCAUUUCCAGCACAUCCAGGUCUGCACACCGUGGCUGGAGGCCGAGGACUACCCCUUGCUUCUAGGGUCUGCGGACCUGGGCGUCUGUCUGCACAAGUCCUCCAGUGGCCUGGACCUGCCCAUGAAGGUGGUCGACAUGUUUGGGUGCUGCUUGCCCGUGUGUGCUGUGAACUUCAAGUGCUUACAUGAGCUUGUGAAACAUGAAGAAAACGGCCUGGUCUUUGAGGACUCAGAGGAACUGGCUGCUCAGUUGCAGAUGCUUUUCUCAGACUUUCCUGAUCCUGCUGUCAAAUUAAACCAGUUGCGGAAGAACCUUCGGGAGUCAGAGCAGCUUCGAUGGGACAAGAGCUGGGAGCAGACUGUGCUCCCUUUCCUUAUGGACAUGUGACCCCUCGGACCGGAGUCCAACCCUGGAGCUGGCUGCCCUGCCGUCCUGCCUGGCGGCUCCUCCUCACUGCACAGCCCAGUCCCAGGGCAAAGUCCUGCAAGCAGCGCCUCCCAGUGGUCAGAAGCUGGAAGGACGGCAGCGGGUGCUGCCUGCUGAAGUUAUUUUAAUAACUCAAGAGUUGGUGGCCCAGGAAACUGCUUUGUCUUGGUUUCUUGGAAGCUCUGAAACGCUUCUCUCUUUUCUUCCCCUAUUCUGUGAGGCCGUCUCUCUUCCCUGCCUCGCGUCUUACUUUUCUGUCCUUUGCCUGUGCCCUCUUCGACUUGUCUUUGUCCCCUUGUUUUUAUCUCCUGGUGCUGGCCUUUCCCAGCCUCUGCCCUCCGUCCUGCUCCUGACAUUUUGUCUCCUGCCUUGGAAACAGGCACCUGCUGCCCUGCAGUGCAGUGGAUGUAUCACGCUCACAACAGGUUUGGUUUGGUGAGGAACUGAGUGUCCAGGUUGGGGAAAAUCAUACAUGAUAUACAUGUUUUUAUUUACACAAAGGAAACACUUUGAGCCAGAUUUUUCAUUUCUGAUUUAUGGUUAUUUUCUGAAGACCCAGAACUGCUGACUGAAAGGGGGCACCCAUUCACUUAAACAGUUUAUAUCUUACUAGAACAAGUUUGUGGUUCCCGACUUGGAAUCUAACACUCAGAACAUUCAAGUCCAAUGACAGUUCUAUCAGCUUUCCCACAUAAAAAUUCUUCCCACGAUAGUGGUUUCGUCUUCACUGUAAUCUCCAAAGAUGUUUGCGAAAUCUACAGUGUGAGCUUCAGAAUCGCCAUCUCCGAGUGCUCUUGGUAAGGAAACAGUUUCUGGUCGUGACAGGGCACUGCUUCCCAUCGGAUCCCAGCCUGGCCUGGAAACAGAACACACGUGGCUCAGGAUGGCAGUGUUUGGGGACAGGACACAGGUGUGGGGGUGUCCAAGCUGGUUUGGGUGGUUCCCAGAUUUCCAGCCUACCCAGACUCCGAGAAUCAGCCUUCGGGGUGGGGCAGGAGAAGAAAAUUUGGGUUUUACACAGCAGUGAUGGCAGCAGGGGUGGUCGCCUUUCCCCACUGGGCCCACUUGGGUUCUCUGUCACUGCUCUGCAUCUGUCCACCCAUCCUUGGGCACAGCUCGGGAGGGGCCGAGCUUUGAACCCGUGUCUGCCCGACAGCAGCUGUUCCUCACAAAAGCUAGAAGGGCUCAGGUGGUCUUCGUAAGCACGGAGGUCUGAAGAGCCAUUAGGCAGGAUGCUUUUGUCAUGGUUUUUUGUUAUCAAUAAUAAAUAUUUAUAAGAAUGAAGUGGUACAGACAUAAAAAUGUAGAAGUCUCUGUAAACCCACCACCCAAGUAUAACAACUGUUAAUUGAUGUAUAUUUUUCUAGAUUUCCCUCAUAGGUAUAGCAAUAUGAAGAUGAUUACUUUUUUAAAACAA